ACAUAAACGCUUUUUAUGACUUAUUCGAACACUGGUAAAAAAACUUUUCUAACGAGACGCGUGACUGUGAUCAACUGGGGAUAGCAUUUUCAAUAUUUAAUGCUGUUUCGAAGAAGUAACCAGGGUAUUGUACUUUCACCGCGAGCAUGCGUGAUAAUCAUCUCUCGUUGGAGAAUGAGAAAUAAAGCAGAAUUUCUCACAUUAGUCUUCGCUAUGGACGUUUCUAAACGUACACGUUAUAGAGAUUUUGUAUGGGCAAUUCAAUUAAAUCGGUUCGGUCUACAACUGGUCGGUUUAUGGCCUAAAAUGGAUGAAAUCGUUAAGAAUGACUACAUGUCCGAUCUUCGCGUGGUCAUUAUUUUCGUUCUAGGAUUCUUCGGUUGUGGAAUCCCACUCAUAUGUUCUCUUGUGCGCGUACGGCACGACAUGAUACUUGUGAUAGAUAACUUACAAAUUACGUUAUCUCUAAUGGUGGUUUUGUGGGAACUUGUUAUGAUGCGGUGGAAGCGGUCAGCUCUCCUACCCAUCGUAAAGAUGAUGGCGGAAGAUUGGAUGGCAUUGAAACUCCACACAGAGAGGGAUGUGAUGAGGAAGCGAGCGCGAACUGCUCGAAUGAUCAUGAUUUGUGGAUAUGUUUUAAUGAUUCUAGCAUUUCUCACGAUAAUUAUUUUUCCUUCUUUUGGCAUACCAAUUAGACGUAUAACAAAUCUCACAGAUCGGAACAAACCAUUACCGCUACAGACGUAUUAUUUCUACGAUACAGAUAAGAGCCCGCAAUUUGAAUUCACGCUUGUAAUUCAGGCCAUGACACUUUUCUUCACAUCUAUAACUUAUACAUCAGUGGAUGCUUUCCUUGGACUUGUGGUCCUUCACAUUUGCGGCCAAUUAGAAAACUUCAGAUGUCGAUUAAUCAAUUUGGUUUCGUGCAAAGAUUUUAAUAGUGCUUUACGGAAUUAUGUGAUCGCGCAUCUGCGACUCAUCAGGUUUGCCGAUAAGAUCGAAGAAACUUUUGCAUUUUUGAUGUUAGGAUUAGUAUUUUAUUUUGGCACUGUGUUUUGUCUAUACGGAUUUCUAUUACUUGCCGUAAUUUCCGACAGUAAGACGAAUGACAUUCCUUUUUCACGAGUGCUUUACGUUAUGGUUGGGGUUACUACUCUUUUAGUACACACUUUUCUCUACUGCGGAGCCGGAGAGCUAGUAACGGAGCAGUGUGAAGCAAUAUGCCGUGCCAUACAUGACCUCAAGUGGUAUAAACUGGAAUCAAGAAAAGCGAAAAGUCUUAUUUUAUUGAUGACACGAGCCAGUGAACCUUUUCGUAUCACAGCAGGAAAAAUUGUUCCUCUAACGAUGACCACAUUUUGUAGCUUAUUAAAAUCGUCGGCUGGCUAUAUAUCGUUUCUACUGGCAAAGCGAGGUUAAAGUAUAAAAAAUUACUAGUUUAAUAUAUAAUUUGUUUCAUGUUGUGAUAAAGUAUUGAAUAGAAAAUAUUUCUAUUUAUAAAUGUCAUGAUUUCUUAUUACAACUAAGAGUUA